CUCCGUACCCACGUGGAAUAGAGUACAUUGUGUAGAUCGAGGGUGCAUAUCAUAUCAAUGGCUGAGCUUCCUUCUGACCUGGUUCCUUAUGUUUACUCGUUCUUAGUGGGUCUGAACUUGCAAAAGGCUGCAAAGGCACUCAAGAAAGAAUCCAAAGUGGUAGUGCAAGUACCAAGUGGCCCUGGACUGGUCGAGUUCUAUCAACAAUACAUGAAAAGUCAACUUGGAAAGAGGACAGUGACCUUGUCUGAAGAUGUAGCUCUUCCUCCGAAGAAAAAGCGUAAAAUAGCCAAUUCUACAGUCACGGAAUCGGGAAAAACCGCUAAUCAUUCGGAUUCCCAGUCAGAUGAUGAAAUGGAAGUAGAUGAAAAGGAAACAAUUAAACACUUAUCUACACAAAAUUUGAAGGAAAAGAUCAAGGGAAAAAAGCAAAAACCAGAAACAUCAAAAAAAGAUGUUACAAAGAAGUCCAAAGAAGCAAAAAAGGAUUCAAUAAAGAAAUUGACUAAGAAAAAGAAUGUUAAAGCACCUCCCCCUCCGCCAGACACUACAGAUGAUGAAAGCACCUCAGAUAGUGAAAUGGAUACACAAAGACAGUCUGCUAAGCCAUCGUUACCAACGAAACCUGCUACCAAAACACCACGGGCUACCAAGCCAGCUCAUUCCAAACCAGUAGCAGCACCUUCCAAGAAGGAUAACUCUUCCAGUGAGUCCGAGCCCUCCCCUCCUGUGAAGAAGUCGGAGAGUUUGAAGCGAAAGCACCCGCUCUCUAAACCAACUACUGGCACAAAGAAAUCCAAAGGCGAGUCCAGUGACUCGGAAUCUGAAGUGAAGAAAGAAAAUAAAUCAUCGACAAAAUCUAUCUACAAGGCUAAAUCAAAGCCUUCAGUAAAAAUUGUCCAUGAGAGUAAGAAAGUGGAGCAAUCUUCAAGUGACAGUGAUUCUUCUUGUGAUUCUGAAACGAAAACAAACCCCCACGGGAAGCUAGUCACUAAAAAAUCCACUCCCUCCAAACAGCCCCCCAGUGAUGUCUCGAGUGAAUCUUCCGACUCUGAAGAUGCUAUUAAACCUGUGGUUGCCAAAGCUGUGGAAGAACAAGCGACUAACGCUACUAGUGUCACUGCUACGAAAAAGAAACGGGUUCAAAAGAAAGACAUGAUAUCGACUUGUGCUAAACUGACUAAGGAAACGGACGAAUCCAGCUCAAGUUCAUCGUUUGAGAGUAGCGAUGAUGAAAACAAAACCAAAAAGUCUAUACCAGAUAAAUCUGCAACUCAAACAAAGGUAAGAACGCCAUUCAAACCAGUGAUUAAGCACGGUGACGAUUCUGACAGUGACAGCUCAGAGGAGGAGGGUGUUGGUAGUCAGACAAAGGUGGCAGUUGCUGCUAACAAGGACAGUGAUAGUUCCAUUAGCGAGGACGAUAAUAAAAGAGUGAAGAACACGUCGGCCACUCCUAAAGGAUCUGACCCACAACCAAAGACACCUGCCACGUUCCCUAUUAGCAAGAAAAAGUCUAAGGGCAAUCAGCUAUCUGGAGCAGCAGUGACACCGUUUCGACGGGUGGGUGAGGAAGUACCGGUGGACCCUCGACUGCAGGACAAUUCCUUUGAGGCUAAGAGUGGGUCAAGAGGCUCCUGGGGGGAGAAGGCCAACAGGGACCUCAAGUUCACCAAAGGGCGCUCAUUCCGUCAUGAGAAAACAAAAAAGAAAAGAGGGUCAUACAAAGGGGGAGCAAUUGACACACAAGUUUACAGCAUUAAAUUUGAUGAUGAGGACUAACUGAUCAGUAUUAAUUGUCUGCAAAUUCCUUUAUAUUUGUCAUGUGAUUUCUAUACUAUAAUAAUAUACAACAAUGUCAAUUAAAAGUUGAGUUACGUAGCAGAAGAGAACCACA